AUGUCUGAACUGACCCAGACUCCAUCAGCACCGCUCCUCUUCACCCUCCCACCCCUAGUCCAAAGCCGCACCUUCUACUCCACCACCGAACCAAACACCUGCACCCUCAUCGGCGACGCCGACAUCUACGGCCCGGGCGUCCGCGUCUCCUUCUACAUCUCCUUCGUAGCAGGCGUCCUGGCAAUGGAAUGGCAUCUCCCCGAGGAGCUAGAGAAAGUCCGACGGGCGGUGGUGGUUAUCUCGCUGGCGGUGACAAUUAACACGAUUGUCUCCACGGUUCAGGGGAGCUUUGCGGUGUUGGAGUGGUAUAUUGUGUUUUUGAUGACGGUUGUGUUGAGCCUGCCAAUCUUCGUGUUUCCUUGGAGGCAUAACGAUACGAGUAUUGUGAAGGGCGUUUAUGCGCUGACGAUUGCGAUUGUCUUCGCGGUUCAACCAUGGAUAUACUUCAUCCUGCCCGACCAAGGCGCACGACAAGGCUUCUUCUCCGUCAUCGGCUGCAUCCUGGCCUUGUUCCUCAUCCUACGAUUCGCAUGGGCCACGAUAGUCGACUCCGGCAUCCUCAAGAAGCUGCUGGACCGCAAGGACCACGCCGCUCUCGUCGAGCACCUCGGACGGGAAACCCAGAACACUCGUGCGAAGCAAGUCAUCGAUCUUGUCAAGCUGGCGGCUUUCGCUCUGGUCGGAAUCGGAUCGAUCGUGUUCGUGGAGGAGGUGAUCAGGAUCAAUCGGAUUGAUCUCUCAGAGGCGCCGUUGGAUCGUUCGAGUCAGCUCAUUCCACUACUUGUGGCGCUGUUCAAUCUCUUGCCGAUUCUGUGGGGGUUGGUGAAAGCGCGGUUGGUAGAGAAGGAGGAUCCUGAGAUCGGUUUGUAA